AUGCAGCAACCACAGCCCCAGCCCCAGCCGCAGCAGCUCCCCUUCGGCCUGGUCGCCGCGGGCCAGCCCGUGGUCACGGAGCCCGCGUCGCGGCCGUCGGAGACCUCGUUCCUGUACCAGGUGCCGUGGUCGGGGGCCAGCAGCGGGGGCGGCUCUGGCUCCGGCUCCUCCUCGGCGCCCGCGUCGUCGCACCUCGCCGUCUUCCUGCUGCCGGGCGUGGUGCUGCCGGCCGGCACCGCGGCCGCCAUCUACCUGGGCGCGGACCCGGCGCGGUUCCGCUUCCUCGGCGGCGUCGGCCCGGGCAAGGAGAGCGCCGUGUUCAAGGUCGAGGCGCCCGCCGCCGACGGCGGCCUCGUCGUCGGCGUCAGCCUCGAGGACGCCGCCUCCGUCGCCGCGCGCAUCCAGGAGCUGCGCAGCAGCAGCAGCAGCAGCACCCCCGCCCCCGCCCCCGCCCCCAACAACACCCUCCUCCUCGCCCAGCGCAUCAUCCAGAACGCCUUCAACUUCCUCUCCGGCUUCAGCGGCGCCGUCGGCCCCGCCGGCGUCGAGGUCGUCCCCCUCCGCGCCUUCCAGGACUGGUGGCGCCGCUUCGAGAGCAAGGUCCGCGCCGACCCGUCCUUUCUCGAGAGGGACCAGGACUAG